AUGACAACUGGUCUAUUUCAUUGCUCAUGUACAAGUUUAUUUCUGCUACAUAUUUGGUCAAGUAUAUUCAACAUGACACAAGAAAAUUACGGAAAAAGCUUAUAUUUAAAUAGAAAGAAAAAGGAUAGUAAGGGAGAAAUGGUGAGGUUAUUUUAAAAAGUUGUAUUUAGAUCAUUUAACAUUUUUUAAUUUUAGUUAAUGUAAGAAAAUAGGCCUCUUCCUAAACAGCAAGAUCAGAGAAUGGACGCAAUGCCCAAACAAUCAUAAUGUGAAAAGAAUGGAUAAUAUGUACAGAUGUUUUUAAAUUUGGCGAAGGAGGAAAUGAUUGUUAUUAUUCGAUCAAACAUAAUAUUUCUGAUAAAAACUAAUUACGUAUAUUUCUAUAAUACAUACAUAUUUACAUACCUCUAUAAAUUGUCUAUAAAAGACGGCUAAAUAUUUAUAUUCCACAAAUUUUUCAAGUUUUUCUUUAAAAAUUAAUUCCUCAAUUUUAGGUCCUUUUUUCUCGUUCUUCGAUUUUUUAGGCUUUUUCUUCUUGUUUUUAGUUAUUUUUUCUUUACUUUCCUCAUUGUGUUCCUCUCCCUUUAAAUUAGUUAAAGAACCUUCGUUAUUAAUAGAUAACUCCGAAGUAGAAUCUAAACUUUCUUCCCUUAUACUUUCUUGUUCCAUAAUUUCUUGGUCUAUAUUUUCUUGUUGUCCUAUGCUUCCUUGACCUAUACUUUCUUGAUCAACAUUUAAUUUGUUUUUCUUUUUGUUUGAUUUUUUAGAAUUUGUUUUUCCUUUUUUAGCCUGUUUAGGACUUUCUUUAAAUUCUUUUAAAAGAUUAGCUAAAUCAUUUUUUUCUUUUUCUUCCGUUUCUUUUUUAAUUAUUUCAUUCUCUUUAUUUAUUUUCUCAAUAAUUUCAUCAAUUUUAUCGUUGGGGAGAAACAUUUCCAUUUUUAUCUUCAUUUCAUUCUUCCCACAUUUGUUCAUAACUUUUAAUUUUUUAUAAUUAUAACUAAAUUUCAAAGAGUUGCAUCCGGUUGGACUCGUACCUCUCCCUCGUACCUUCCCCUGCUUGUAUCUCUCCCCUGUUUUUAGC